AUGGACAACGACAACAGACAACAACCGGGAGCAAAACAACGAAACGAGGCAUCUGCGAAAUCGAAAGGAAAGGCCACAGAUAACGAUCCUGGAAAGUCUGACUCUAUCACUAGUAGACUUCAAGCUUCUGGCAGGCUUGCUCUCCAUGCCUUCGGAACGGGUCCAGAUAUUAGUGGCCAGAGACCACACGAAAAAGCUAGCUCCAGUGGCAGCAACAUUACUGGCAGAAACUCAUCCAGUACGGGCGAGGCAUCGUCGCACAGGUUGCGAUCAAUAGCCCCUGGUGAAUCGUUACGCUCCCAGACAAAUUUGGUUUCUGGCGCAUCGGCGGAAGCAUUUGACGCCUUCUUCAGUGCCGACUCCAAUUUAGAGGUUGAGGAUGCCAGUCAACAUGGAAGGCUCGCAAACCAAAGUCACUAUAUACCACCCACGCCAAGCGCUGUUCUGGAGCAAGAGAAGAUGGAUGGUGCUGCUGUAGUCAACCUACUCGAUGAAUCAUAUGGGGCACUUGAUGAUGUUUUGCUUGGAGCUCAUGAUCCGGAUGCUGAAGAUGAGGGCCUUACACCAGAGGCGGCUACCAAACUGAGAGAAGCCCUAUUCACUGCAGACCCGGCUUUCUCUGGCUUUAGCUGGGAUGAUUUACUCAACUUUAACCCCGAGUUUCUUGACCAGGCAGGACCUGAAGCAGAUUUCGAACGGCAGCUCCACUUUGGUACAACGAGUGCCGACGAAGUGAGGAAUAGCUACCUUGAUCAAUGGAACAAGGUGUUAAAUGGGUAUACAGAGUAUGUCUGGGGGGGUUUGGAACCUCUGAUAGCUGAAGCUCGAAGAGAAGUCGUAGAAGUUAAGAAUCAAGGUCUUGAUGCUGUGCCUCAGACAAAGGCACUGGAUCGGCUACGACAGAUUUUGGGCCAUGUCCGAGGGUUUUGA